ACUUUCCCGUACAUUUAAUACAGUUUUUACGGAGUAACGGAAUACAUUGAUAAAAUGUUCGAAAAUUUUUAGUUUUUUUGACCGUGAUAAAUGUGUGAGAAAUUGUGUUGAAAUUAGUUUUACGGUUUUACAAUCCAAAUUGCGUGCAAGUCAAAUAAGUCUAUUUACUACGUAAAUUCCAGUAGUUGGUACAAAACCAUCUCCUCCAUAUGGCAGAUGUACAAGAGCAGCCCGAAUGGGGCAAGAAGCUGUCUAAAUUCUUUAUAAUACCCCAACGCUGGAUUCUGGCCAUCAUGGGAUUCUUUGCCAUCUUUAAUGCGUACACCAUGCGGAUAUGUCUAUCCCAGGCCAUAACAGUGCUGGUGGUGAAGAGGAAUUACACUAUUUUCCACACCGAAGCGAUCUGUGAAGCGGACGAAGAGUCUAAAUCCAAAGAUCAGCUUGAAGGAGGCGAUUAUGAUUGGUCGCAGGAGAAACAGGGUCUUAUCCUGGCCUCUUUCUACAUUGGCUAUAUUGUCACCCAUUUGCCCGGCGGCAUUUUGGCUGACAAAUUUGGCGGAAAGUGGACUCUGAGCCUUGGAAUCUUCUUCACGGCACUAUUCACUUUGAUCACACCGGUCUGCAUUGUCUAUGGCGGAGGAGAUGCUUUAAUUGUGCUCCGCGUCUUGAUGGGUCUUGGUGAAGGAACCACUUUUCCGGCCCUCAGCGUUUUGCUGGCCAACUGGGUGCCGGCAACCGAGCGAGGAAUGCUUGGAGCCCUCGUACUCGGUGGUGGACAGGUGGGUAGCAUAGCUGGUAACAUUAUUUCUGGAUAUAUACUCAGCUCCAUGGACUGGCCAUGGGUAUUCUACGUUUUCGCGUUGAUCGCACUUGUUUGGUUUGUCUUAUUCACGCUGCUGUGCUUUAGUAGUCCAUACACGCAUCCAUACAUCAAAGCAGAGGAACGGGCGUUCUUGUCCCAGGAGAUUCCGCCCCCGGAUAAGAACAAGCCAAAGACACCGUUUUAUGCCAUUUUUACGAACGUACCAAUGUGGGCACUGAUCAGUGCUCAGAUCGGACACGAUUGGGGUUUCUAUAUCAUGGUCUCAUACCUGCCAAAGUAUAUGUCAGAUGUGCUGCGGUUUUCGAUCAAGUCCAAUGGUCUCUACUCCUCACUGCCCUACGUUACCAUGUGGGUCAUGUCGCUGGUCAGCGGCUGUGUGGCCGAUCAAAUGAUCAAACGUGAAUGCAUGAGCACCACGAACACGCGCAAAAUCAUGACGGGAUUGGCCGCCUUUGGACCGGCUGUCUUCAUGGUCGCUGCAUCCUAUGCUGGCUGCGAUCGGGCCCUGGUCGUCGCUCUAUUUACAAUCACCAUGGGACUGAUGGGCACCUACUAUGCUGGCAUGAAGCUCACGCCAUUGGACAUGAGCCCCAAUUAUGCCGGAACUCUGAUGGCUAUUACCAAUGGCAUUGGUGCGAUUACGGGCGUGGUAUCGCCUUACUUGGUGGGUGUGAUGACUCCGAAUGCCACCCUCAUCGAAUGGCGAAUGGUGUUUUGGGUUGCGUUUGGCGUUCUUGUCGUCACAGCGAUUGUCUAUUGCAUUUGGGCAUCCGGAGAAGUACAGCCCUUCAAUGACGGCACCAAUUCGAACAAGAAGAAGGAUGCAGCUUAAAUAAUAAAUGUAUGAUUUAUCUUAAAAAUUGAG